CCUGAGAUUUUGAGGGAGAGUGAGAGUUCUACCCUUUUCCUCCUCUCUGAUCCAAUCCAUGCUCUGUUUCUUGUACAAGCUGUGAUGCUACAUUAAAGCCUAAAUAUAUACAUUUUUAACCGUAUUUAAGUGUAUUCGCCGCUAUUUUCUGCGGUUAAACUGCCCUGAAUCUUAGUCAGCAGCACUGUAAACAUGGCAGGAGUCAUCCAGAGGCUCGACGAGACUGUUGUCAACCGGAUUGCUGCAGGAGAGGUUAUCCAGCGUCCUGCCAACGCCGUCAAAGAACUGAUUGAAAACUGUUUGGAUGCCAAGUCCACCAACAUCCAGGUGACGGUGAAAGACGGCGGACUGAAGCUCCUCCAGAUUCAGGACAACGGCACCGGCAUCCGGAGAGAAGAUAUGGACAUUGUCUGUGAGAGGUUUACCACCAGCAAACUCCAGACUUUUGAGGACCUCUCGGCUAUUGCAACCUAUGGAUUCAGAGGAGAGGCCCUUGCUAGUGUGAGCCACGUUGCCCAUGUGACCAUAACGACUAAAACAGCUGACGCCAAGUGCGCCCACAGAGCCAGCUACAGCGACAGCAAGCUGAAAGGUCCUCCCAAACCAUGUGCCGGCAACCAGGGAACCCAGAUUCUUGUGGAGGACCUCUUCUAUAAUGUGUCCACCAGGAGGAAAGCUUUAAAGAGCCCCAGUGAUGAGUACUCCAGGAUUCUAGAUGUGGUCAGCAGGUACGCCAUACACAAUUCAGGAAAAAGUUUUUCUGUCAAAAAGCAAGGAGAGACUGUGGCAGAUGUGAGGACUCUACCCAAUGCAUCUGUAGUAGAUAAUAUUCGAGGAGUUUUUGGAAAUGCAGUCAGCAGGGAGCUGAUCCAAGUUGGCUGCGAGGAUCAGAAGCUCGCUUACAAGAUGAAGGGCUACAUCUCCAACGCAAACUACUCGGUCAAGAAAUGCAUCCUGGUGCUCUUCAUCAACCAUCGUCUGGUGGAGUCGAGUGCUUUGAAGAAAGCAAUUGAGACAGUUUACGCUGCGUACCUUCCCAAGAACACGCACCCUUUUCUAUACCUCAGUUUGGAGAUCGCUCCGCAGAAUGUGGACGUCAAUGUCCAUCCCACAAAACACGAGGUGCAUUUCUUGCACGAGGACAGCGUCAUCGAGAGCGUUCAGAAGCACGUCGAGAGCAAACUCCUUGGCUCCAACUCCUCACGCAUGUACUUCACUCAGACGUUGCUGCCAGGGCUGUCGGUCUCAGGCGGCAGUGAGGUGAAGUCCCCCGGCGCCGCGGCAGAGUCUAGCGAGCGAGUCUACGCACAUCAGAUGGUGAGGACCGAUUGUCGCGCGCAGAAGCUGGACGCCUUCCUCCAGCCGAAAGAGAAGCCGCCACCACCACCUGACCCCGAACCAGCCGGUCCCAGCAGCACGGGGGCUGCGACCAAAGCCGCCCGGCCCGACUGCGUGGAGAUGGAGGUGGAUGACGCAGAAAUGCUGAUGGCCCUCGCUGAGCAGGAAGCAGAGGGGUCAAAGGGCAACGAAGACGAUGCUAACAGUGCUCAAAGGAAGCGACCCAGAAAAGAGCAGCAGCAGCCGGAGGAAGAAGUAGACGAGGACCUGACGGCUGCAACUGUGCCCAAGAGACGAGUCAUCAAACUGAACAGCGUUAAAGAGCUCAGAGCUGAGACCACUGAGAACACACACAAAGGGCUUCAAGAAAUGCUGCAGAACCACUCGUUUGUGGGCUGCGUCAACCCACAGUGGACUCUGAUCCAACAUCACACCAAGCUGUACCUGCUCAACACCACCAAACUCAGCCAGGAGCUUUUCUACCAAAUACUCAUCUAUGACUUUGGGAACUUCGGUAUACUAAGACUGUCUACACCAGCUCCACUUUAUGACCUUGCUAUGCUGGCUCUGGACUCUGAGGAGAGCGGCUGGACAGAAGAGGACGGUCCUAAAGAAGGCCUGGCUCAGUACAUAGUGGACUUCCUGAAGAAGAAAACCGAGAUGCUGGAGGACUAUUUCUCCAUCGAGAUAGACCAGGAAGGCAAUCUAACAGGGCUGCCGUUACUGCUCGACAAGUACACGCCCCUCAUGGAGGGCCUCCCCAUGUUCAUCUUGCGCCUGGCCACUGAGGUGAACUGGGACAAUGAAAAGGAGUGCUUCAGAGACUUGAGCAAGGAGUGCAGCAUGUUCUACUCCAUCAGGAAGCGCUACAUCUUAGCGGCCCAGCCGGGAGAGGAGCAGGAAGCUGAGGUAAACUCGUGGCGUUGGAAAGUUGAGCACUUCAUUUUCAAAGCUUUCCGAACCCUCUUGAGUCCUCCGAAGAACUUCAGUGAGGACGGCAGUGUGCUGCAGAUCGCCAACUUACCCGAUCUCUAUAAAGUAUUUGAGAGGUGCUAAAUCUGAUCACCAAAUCAACCCUACAUGCUGCUCUUUUUUUUUUUUUUUUUUUAAUACUUGAUUUGUUCUGUAAAUAAAAUAUUUGUAUGAGAAAAGGCUUCAGAUGUUUGAGUGAAAAACAAUAUUCCUGUUCUGAAUAACCUAUUUAAAUGUGCCAAGGCUACACAUGGUUUUCUAAAAGUAAGAAUUGAAACAUGCUGCCAGGAAAAACAGAAUUGUGUCACGAGUCCCCUUAUGAAACCUAAAAUGUGCCAACACACUUGCUUGACUUUUAUUACAGCUACAUGUUCCCCGUCCGUCUAAAACACGUGAGACGUUUGGAGGAAGCAGAGCUCUGUGAAGGAAAUGAACACCGCCACGAAUGUUUCCAAAUACCUUCUGGACAAUUACACUUGAAACACCUAAAAGCAUGGAAAAUGAAACAAACCUGCAAAUGUAUUUCCAUGACUUAUGCUAUAGUAACAGUCUCUUUAUUCCAGUCACAUGGUCUGUAACUAAAACCAGAGUAAGAAAAAGAAGAUUCAGAUGGUACACACUUUUGUAAAUUACACAUUUAUUUUCAAGAAAUCUUUUAAAUAUUUGAAAAAUUUCAAUGAAACCGCAGCAGAAACAGUUUGUUUUACAUAUUUUUCAAAUAAUGACUGCACCUUUUUAAAUACAUCUUUCUGUACCAGUUAAAAACAAUUCUUGUUUCAUUGAGCGGCGCGAACCCCCGGUCUCCUAGUGUGAAAAGGCACUUCACUGUGAGGGGAAGCUGGGAAGGUGCAAGGCCGGAGCAGCCGUGAGGGUUGAAUAGUUUAAAAAGCAUCAUUAUACUCAUUCAUGCAACUUAUCAAAAACAAAAAAACAGUACAGCCAAGCACCCAGCCAGAGAGAUAAGACA